AUGGCCCGUUCGAUAAGUCCUGGAGGUUACUCGAACUACGAGGACGAUUCCAUGUUCCAGAAUGCCGCCUUUACGCACGACAUUAGCGAACAGAUGCGGGUACCGAAACGGAUCCGUGCCACCGGAGAUUACUACGACGAUCAGGAUCUGCUGCCGAACGGGAACGGCGAGAUAAAUUCGUGGAACUAUCAUAAUAAGAUCGAUAUGACCGUUCCGGAUCGCAUCGUAGUGCUUGGACAGGAUCAACAUUUGGGCACCAAAUCGGCCCCGCGUGAAAUAAUGCUGGAGAAUUCCAUUCUACCGAAGGAUCCGGGAUUUGUGCGCGUUUCAACGCCACCGCGUGUGAUUACGCUUUCCGAACAUCAUUUCCCAUCGGCUUCGGAUGAACCGGAAGAGAAUGCCAAAGACAACAACCAGGAGGAUAACUAUGGACCGGCUUCGCUCGAGUCGAUCGAGGAUCCGAACAGCAGUAAUGCGUACUUUUCCCGAGCACCCUUAGUACAGGGACGAGAUCCGGUUAAAAGGUCCGCAUUUUCAAAAUAUAACAACGAGCUCACAUUGACCAGAAGCAUGCGUGAAGAAACACCAACCUUUGGUGGAAGUGUCGAAAAUUUGACACCAUCAGAGGAACUGACGCACCUGCGACGCCAGGUGGCAAAAAUAAAUCGCCGCCUUCUAGCGGUAGAAAUCGAUUCCGUACAAAGACAGCAGAGAGAGAAAAUAAUCUACUGCGUAGGCAUGGCUUACUUCCUGUUCAAGACCUUUAUGUGGCUCAGUAGGAAGUAAGUGGAAGCUGCCGUAAACUAAGC